CUUUUGUCCACAGUGGUCGAUAAUCCAUCUUGAGAAGUUCUUGAUUUUGAAACACUGUCGGCGACCACACUCAUGGAUGGUAAUACAGAUGUAUACCAUAUCUAUUGGACAAACACUGUUUCAAUGACAUCUCAUAGCAGCAGCGUUUCUUCUCAUCAGUACUGUGGUGGAAAGCUGAGGUACACAUUUCUGAAUAUUCAAGCUUUUCAUCAUGCACAAGUGUUUCCCACUGUGAAAAUAUCAGCAAGUCAAUGGAGCAUAGCACAGUGGCUCAUGACCAUCAGAAUACACAGAUAUGAUGGGUUCACUACAUUCCACUGCAUAAAUGAAAAUUGUUAUUGUUAUUUUCCAUGGUAAUUGUUGAAUGAUAAUUUUACUAUUUAUUACAAAAGAUAUUUCUUAAUUAGUCA